AUGUCGAGCUCCAACUGCAAGAGCCAGAAACUUUUGAAUGCGUUUCGUACCUGUCUGUAUAAAAGUUUUGAUAAACAGGACUACGAGUUUGGCAACAAGGUUUCUGUCAUAGGCUCCGGCGCUGUUGGCAUGGGGUGUGCCAUAUCGUUGCUCGCAAAGGGCGUUACUAAUCACUUGGCUCUCUACGAUAUCAAUGAGAAACUGUGUAAAGCCGAGUCCUUGGACCUGCAGCACGGCUCAUUAUUCCUCAACAAUUGUAACCUGGAGCCAACUUGCAACGUUGAGGCUACCAAAGACUCCAGAGUGGUUAUCGUGGCGUGUGGAGCACGUGUCAAGAAGAAUGAGACUCGUUUGCAAGUGGCCCAAAAGAGUGCGGACAUUAUCAAGAGCGUAAUACCGGAUCUAGUCCAACAGAGCCCCAAGGCGGUGUAUAUUGUUGUGUCCAAUCCAGCGGACGUCAUGACUUGGGUGGCCCACAAAGUAGGUAAAAUACCCUGCGAGCGUUGCAUCAGUACGGGCUGUCAUUUGGAUACAGCACGUUUCCGAUUAUUUAUUGGCAAACUUUUGGGCGUAUCGACAAGCUCAGUACACGGCUAUGUCCUUGGGGAGCAUGGAGGAUCUUCGGUGCCCAUGUGGUCCGCAGUUACUGUGGGUGGGGUGAGACUUCAGAAGUUGAUUCCCACUAUGGGUAUGGGAGAGGAUCCAAUGGAAUGGUCCAAAGUGCACAAGGAUGUAGUAGAUGCCGCAUUCAAGGUGAUCGCAGGAAAGGGUUACACGAAUUGGGCCAUUGGCCUAACCGUUGCCGAUGUGGUGUCUGCCAUAUUUGAGAACAGCAAUCGUGUCUUGUCAUUGUCAACGAAUGCAAAUGGAAUGUGUGGUAUCAAAGAGAAUAUAUUUCUAUCGCUACCAUGCAUUGUAAACAAAUGGGGUCUGUUUGGCAUCGUUCGUCCCCAGCUAUCGGAAUGGGAGACAAAUGCAUUGAAGAAAUCGGCUAAAGAAUUAUUGGACGCUCAAAACGGAAUAAAACUGUAG